AUGUUCCGUGCGUCGAACGCCUUCGACGAGCCUGUCGCGAAGGCGACAGAUGAGAACCUGACGAGCGAGAACUGGGAGAUAAAUCUUCUUCUGUGUGAUAAGCUUGCGUCGAACAAUGAGGCGGACGCGCGGCAGUGCCUGAAUGCGAUCCAGAAACGGGUCGUGCACCGCAAUGCCAAUGUGCAGCUCUACGCGCUCACACUCGCUGACACACUAUCCAAGAACUGUGGGGAUGCCGUGCACCAUGAAAUUGCCUCGCGUUCAUUUAUGCAGACUAUUAUCAAGGUCGUGCGGGAUCGGUCUACGCAUGCGCUCGUGAAGGAACGGGCCUUGAAGUUGCUCAAGUCGUGGGCCGACGAGUACAAAAACGACGAUACGCUCGGCCUCGUUGCUGACACCGUGCAUGAUCUGCGGGAAGAGUACUACGAUAUCGACGAAGAGCCUCGGUCCGCUGCCGUGCCGGAGCAGGACAGCCGCGAAGAGGACGAGCUGCAGCGCGUCCUGGCUCUGUCGCUGCAGGAUCAGGGUGGGCCCUCGUCCUGGACUGCAUCGAACUCUGCAGGCCCGUCCGGCUCGGCGCGGCCCGCGGAAUCAGGCAGCCGCUCAGCGGCCCUAGCGCCUGAGCCGAAGCGCGAGCCGGCACUGGCAUCGGCGCCAGUGGCGCCAGCGCCCGAGCCGCCAGUGGUGUCGCGCCCGGCCUAUGUCUGCGCCCUGUACGACUUUACGCCAGAUGAGCCAGGUGAGCUGGGCUUCCAGAAAGGCGAUGUCAUCCGUGUGCUGGACAGUGUGUACGAACAAUGGUGGCGAGGCGAGUUGCGACAGCAAGUGGGUAUUUUCCCGGUCAACUAUGUCGAGGCGGUGGCAGAUCCUACGCAGGACCUGCUGCAGGAGGAGCGCGAGCUAGAACGGCUCGUAUUCUCCCAGGCGUCUGACAUCCACCUGUUGCAUGCUCGACUGCAGCACGUCAAGCCGACGGACAACUUUGUCGACGACGACGAGCUGCAGGAGCUGUAUCAGCGUUCCUUGGCCCUGCGGCCCAAGAUUAUCAAGCUCAUGGACAGGUACCACACCAAAGUGCAGGAGCUGCGGUCGCUCAACGACAAGUUUGUGCGUGCGCGCACCACGCUCGACGACCUGAUUCAGGGGCGCCUCCAGCAGACCGAGGCGCCGCCCAGGCUGCCCAUGGACGCCCCCAGCGCGCCCACGUCGUCGGUGACCCCACCAGCGCCCUCGGGCUCUGCGCCCCCGUUCCUAGACAUGCCCCAGGAGGAUGAAAAGCGGCGCCUCUUUGAGCGCGCGCGCGCCGAGGUGGAAGAAUACCAUCGGCAGCAGCAAGCGGCGUCGCAAGCGCUCGAGGGUCUGCAAUGGACACCCCCCUAG